AAAAUGGCAGCUUCCAUAGCAAACGGAAAAAAGAAUUCUUAUCAGAAUCAAAACCAGCAUUUGAACUUUCUUUCGUCGCUGCAAGUAUCUACGAAUGUCUAAGUUACAUCCACUGUUUUAAAUUUUGAAAUUAGCCAAUUAAAUUGUGGAGUAAAUUGGCAUCUGGAACAUGAUUGGUUGAAAGUUUCUGCGAGUCAAAGUGAUAUGUAUUGAAAUUAAAUAUACCAGGUCUUGUCGGUAUUUGACUUGGAAGCUCUGAAAUAUUUCCGACAGUUUAACAGAACAUUAAAGUUUGAUAUAAAGAGUAGGGUAUCCCCAGGAGAGCUAUUCCUGACGUUAUUACUUAUACACCAGUAGGAGACCAAGUUCUUUAUAGAAUUGUUUUGUUACAGUGAGAGAUAGGUUUCUAUAGAGUUUCUAAUCAACAGUAUAAGACAUAGUUCCCAGCUGUAUGUAGAGUGGAACUAGUGUAGACUAUUAAACUUCUUAAAGAAAGAAACAUAUGGUCCAGUGUUUACCAAACGUAGAAUGUGAACUUUAUAGUUUAACACGAUCGCAGGGUGCUAAAGCAUCAGGAAAGUUUGGCAUCGACAUUUCAAGAAACGAAUACAAAAUAAUUAAUCUGAGGAAAGGAAUUGGAGUUUUUGUCACAGACAGAUUGUUUGUACGUAUAUAAAUAAAUGUGAUGCGAAUCUAGUGAAUCAUGUGUUCUUAAAUUGCUUUUUGGACAGAGGAAUGAGUUCGGUGAAACAAUUUUUUGAAUGUUCAUCUUGAUUAUAUUAAUCAGAACUAAAUUGAUAUUUCCUGUGCAGAAUACCUCAACAGCUACCUCAUUGGGUUUGGAGGAGAAGCUGUUCCAUCUUACGGCACCUUAUCACCCUGCAGUCGACAACGCAACUCUCUAUCGACUGACUGUGUCUUUGUUGAGGUGUAAGCCAUGGGGAAGUUGAAAGAGUUUGAAAUUAUCCUAAACAAUGCUCACGGCGUAUACUUCACUGGUGAAAUUCUUCUUGGACAUGUUAAUAUUGAACUUAAAGAAUCUCUCAAAUUAAAAGGAAUUCGUGUAAAUUUCCGAGGAAAGGCUUAUGUUCAUUGGACGGACCAGAAUAUGAGAGGUCCAGGGGAAAGUCGAUAUCGAGAAAUACGUCACCAUACAGCGACAGAGGAAUAUUUUGAUGUCUCAAAUACGCUGCUUUCAAAAGAUCCCAGCAACAACAACGAUAAGAGAACCUUACCAGCUGGUCAAUACACCUACCCAUUCCAGUUUCAGAUACCAACCAAUACCCCCACAUCAUUUGAAGGCCAGUACGGACAUAUACGAUAUUGCGUCAAAGUGAUGAUAGAAAUCCCCCAUCGCUGUGAUUUGACCUGCAAGAAGGUUUUUACUGUUAUACAGCCUUUAGACUUAAACAGAGAUCCGUCUAUGUCUGUUCCAAUUCGGACUCAGAAACAGAAGAAGUUGUGCUGUUUAUGCUGUCUAUCAGGACCAGUUAGUGCAACACUGUGUUUGAAUCAGAAGGGUUAUGUACCAGGGGAGACGAUCCAUGUUGAUGCUGAAGUAAUGAAUAAUUCCAGAAGAAAAAUGGCCUCAUCAUCCCUGGAGUUCAAAAUGACAACGACGUUCUACACCAAGACGGAAACACGUUCUAUAACACAACAGAUAAUGAAACGAAAACGGGGUCAAAUUCCAUCCGGGUCAUCAGACACAUGGGAAGGAGAACCUCUAGUUAUACCUCCUUUACCUACAUCACAUCUCAUGGGUUGUGGUAUUAUUGAUGUCAAAUAUAUGAUAGUGCUACGCAUAGAACCGGUUGGUCCAGCAUUUGAUCAUGCCGUACAGGCAGAGGUCUUCGUCGGAACAGUGCCUUUACAUUCUUCAACACAACGACAUCUUGCGGUGGCUAAUAAUUAUCAGGGGAGACAAUCAUACCAUAAUUCUAAUGGUGCUGGAGCCGACCAACUCUAUCAUCCUAACACUUACCUACCGCCACUGCGAUUUGCCAGAUAUCCAUUCUAUACAUCUUGUAUUAGAGAACAAGAUGGAAACAGGAACAAGGGAGAUAAUUCAUAUACUCCAGCCUACAUUUAUUUUUUAUGGAAUGAAGAACUGAAUAGGUCUAAUUUUCCAACGUAGUUAAAUGAUUCUUUCUUCUGAUUGUGUGAAUAUGGAAAUCAUUGAUAUAUCAAGUUCAGGUCAGCUUCUUACACAAUUGCAACCACGAGAAGGUCAAUAUUAUGAAUGUUAAAUUACAUAUAGGCCUACAUGUACAUUCGUAUGAAUAACUUUACAUUUCUAAAUUGGUUUUUCUACCUAUGUAAUGGCGGUGAACUUGGCUGGUAAUAGUUUACAAGAUUAAUACUUUGAUUUAUUUGUCCGUAGGCCUAUCGUAUCAUACACGUUUGUGUACGAAAGCCUUUAAGUCACACCGAAAAUUUUUUUUGAAUUCCACAAGUCAAAAUUUUGGAUUUCUAAAAAAAUGGUUUGUUACUGCAAUAUACGCUUUAUAACUUUUAUGCCUCAAAAAUAUAAAGCAGAUUGUGACAUGAAAGCACUGAGCCACCAUCUUGAUAUUGGUAAAAAUAGUCCAUGAACGUUGUUUUCUCUACAAUAUGAAUGAAUACGAAUCGACUAUUAUUGAAGGAAUUGGUGUAUUUUAUCUAAUCAAAAAAAUAAACGAUAAAGGCUAGGUCAAG